AUGUCUGCGCAUUUUCCGGUGCAACCAAUUGGUCGCUUCGCCGGCGCGAGCCAGCCUGUCCGGCGACCCAAGGAGAUCGCGUGCUUCUCAUACGACGAGAAUCAUGAAUUCUCCAUCGGUGACGCUUCGCUGAAGUGGUACUAUACGCCUCAGCUGGGCGCAGAUCUCUCCAAAGGGUUCGACACCUUUGAAAAGCUGGACGACUCCAAAGAUGAGCAUCUCGACAGCUUAUUAACAACCAUUAUGUCACAUGAAAAGGAAACAGGCAAGAGGAUAGACGCGCAUUUUGUCACGUGGCGAGGCAUGAUGACCAAGAUCAUGGCGACGCCCUUUGACAACCAGGACGGCUUCGAGAUGAACGCCACUCUGUACCAGGACUGCAUCUUCAUCGAAGAAAACAACGCGUACAAAGUGGCGUCGCGGCGCAACGAGGGCCAAAACCGGCGGCGCCACGGACCGCCGCUGGAGGUCAUGCAGUUCUGGGGCUACAAGUUUGAGACGCUCGCUACCAUACCCGCGCCCUGGGGCGACACGGAGCGCUCUGUCAUCGAGGGCCGUGAGGACGCCGUCGUCAACAACAAGGCGCAGUACUGCUCCGUCGUGCGCACCGGCAUCGGCCGCUCGAUCCUGUGCCUCGGCGGUGAGGUCGACGCCCUUUGGGACUCAAAGCCGCGGCAACAGGGCAGCCCUGUCCAAUGGGUCGAGCUCAAGACGAGCGCCGAGAUCCGCGGCCCGGGCGACGUUGAGAAUUUUCACCGUAAGCUCAUGAAGUACUGGAUCCAGUCGUUUCUGCUCGGCGUGCCCAAGAUCAUCGUCGGGUUCCGCUCGCGCGAUGGCAUCCUCCUCGACGUGCAGGAGAUCGAGACACAGCGCAUCCCCGAGACGGUCAACGCGCAGCCAAACCCGUCCUGGAACGCCGACAUGUGCGUCAACUUUGCCGCGAUUUUUCUGGAGUUCCUCACACAUACCAUCAAUGACGAAGGCGUAUGGCGGAUCAGGCGACAGCCCAAGUCGCCCGUGAUAGAGGUGUACAAGGUGGAAGAGACUGGCCAUGGCGAUAUACUAUCUGACGAUUUCAAAAACUGGCGCAUCAAACUGUCAUUAGGGGCAGACAAUACUCAACCAAUAUAG